GAUCUAAUAAUUUUUUUUACAAACAAAACGAAAUUGCAAACAUGGCAGGUGGACACAGGUCUGUUUUGAAACAGAAAAAUAAAGCCCAUAAUCAUGGUAAACAUCGGAGUAAAAGAAACCUGAAGAGAGAAAGUCAUGGGAAAGUCAAUGUUAAGCAGUUAACAAAAGAAAAGAAGAUGAAGGAAAUUCUUCGAUCUGAGGCAUCUCAGAAAAGAAUGUCUGAAAGGGGAGAGGCAUUUGACCAAAGGAGAGGAGCAGCUACAGCACCUCCCAGACUAGUGGCUAUUGUUAGUCUCCAUAAAGCAGUCAACACUUCAGAGAUUGAACAUUUAUUACAAGAAGCUGAUGACUCUGCUGUUUAUCAUUCUGACAAUGGAAUGCUGCAUGUUAGUGCAAGUAAAUUGAAGAACAGAAUGUGUUUCUAUACGCCAGUGUACGGUGAACUUCAGGCUUUGCUAGAUGCAACAAAAGUAGCAGAUAUCAUAUUGUUUGUGGUUGGCCCAUCUGGAAUGGAUCAGUAUGGAGAGCAUUGUUUAACUUGCAUCAUGGGACAAGGACUUCCUGCUAAUGUAUUUGCUUGUCAGGGCCUGUUAAACCUAAGUAAAAAGAAGUUGUCAAAUUCUAAGAAAAAAAUAGAAAAACAAUUUGAAAAAAGUUUUCCUGGCACAAAAUUACGAAACAUUGACUCAUGGCAAGAUGCUCAGGCACUGUGGAGAAUGCUGGCCAAUUUAGCUCUCAAAGAAGUUCAUUUUAGAGAUUCUCGACCAUAUCUUAUUGCUGAAAAGAUUGAGUUUGAGGCUAAUGAUAGUAAUGAAGCUGAUGAUGAAACAGAGAGAGAAACAUUAGGAACCUUGAAGCUAACUGGCUAUCUGAGAGGUAAAAGUCUAGAUGUCAACAAGCUUAUUCAUUUGCCUGGUUGGGGGGAUUUUCAAAUGAGUCAGAUAGAUCAGCUGGAAGAUCCUCACCCACUGGUUGUAAAAGGCAACAAAGACAGGCGUAAGAAAGGAGAGGUGGGGGAUGAAGAAAUGAAAGAGGAAACGGUCAAACGUUUUUGUCUUGCUAAAGCCACUAACCCAGAAACUCUUCAGUCUGAAGUCAUACCAGAUGAGAUGGAUCAGGAGCAGACAUGGCCAACAGCUGAAGAGCUGGGAGAAGAUAAAGUUGUGAAGGUAAAGAGGUUGAAAGGUAUCUCCGACUAUCAAAGUAAUUGGAUUGAAGGAUUGGAGGAUGACAAAGCUGAUAAUGACUCUGAUGACAGCAGUGAUUCAGAUGAGGAGAUGGAUGAUGAAAUGAAUGCUGAAGCCAAAGUGCCUGCUGGAAGUGACGCAGAUGAUGCAGAUCAAGAUGAUAAUCUGGACACUAUGACAGAAACUGAGGUGGAUGAGAAUGAAAACUAUGAUGACCAAAUAGAUUUAGAUGAAGAGAAAAAAAUGUAUGAGUUGAGGAAACAGGAAAGAUUACAUGUACAUUUUCCUGAUGAAGUUGACACUCCUGUCGACAUACCAGCAAGGACAAGAUUUGCGAGAUACCGAGGUAUGGACAGUUUUCAGACAACAGUAUGGGAUCCCAAUGAUUGUCUCCCAUAUGAUUAUGCCAGAAUAUAUCGAGUGACCAAACAUAAUUAUAAACUUUUACGCAAAAUUUCAAUGCGAGUCAGUGAGGAGGAUGAUCAGGAUGGAAAUCUCUUAGCUGAGAAUGGAAACUACAUAACUGUUUAUGUAAAAAAUGUUCCAAAAUCUUGUUCGGAAUCUUACAAGUCUGGUGUUCCAGCAACAUUAUAUGGGCUGUUCUCAAAUGAACAGAAAAUGACUCUAAUUAGUACACUCAUUUCUAGAGAGAGCCACUUUAAAGCACCGGUGAAAGCCAAAGAUCCACUAAUCUUUCAAAUAGGAUUCCGUCGAUUUGUGGCGUGCCCCAUUUUCUCGGAGCACUCUUUGCAGAAUAAGUUCAAGAUGGAGAGGUUUUUACCUCAGCAAGGCUUCAUUGUAGCAUCAAUGUAUGCACCAAUUAUGUUUGCGCCUGCACCAGUUCUUGUGUUCAGGGAAAACAUCAUGCAAAAAUGUGAUCUUGUGGCCAAAGGGUCUCUUCUACCUCUAGACACAAACAGGAUUGUCAUCAAGCGAGUGGUGUUGAGUGGUGCUCCAUUCAAGAUCAACAAGAGAUCUGUUGUCGUUAGAUAUAUGUUCUUUAGCAGAGAGGACAUAGACUUUUACAAACCUAUCGAACUAAAAACCAAGUAUGGUAAAAGAGGUCAUAUUAAACAGGCCUUAGGUACACAUGGUCAUAUGAAAUGCACAUUCAAUGGCCAGUUGAAGUCAGAGGAUACAAUCUUGCUCCACUUGUACAAGAGGGUAUACCCCAAAUGGAGCUACUGCUCAAGUUGUGUACAGAUCCUGCCCCCACACAUUGACCAGACCAUGCAAGACAGUGACGAUGAAGUUGAGGAUGAAGACAUGGAGAAAGAGGAGGUGAAAGGAGAAGCUUUCAAGCUGUUUGAUUGAAUGAAAUGUUAAGGCUCACUGCUUUUUAUUUAUAUCAAGGGACAUUUUUAAUAUUUCUUUUAUGAAAUACAUUUGUUUUAUUAUAGACUAAGAUCCAAUGAUUGCAGUUGAAAACUAUUUUUAGCAAUGAUGAUGUGGUUACAAAAUUAUUGUACCCAAAAUGUUAUAAAUAAAAAAAACAUUAACAAAACUUGAAAUGAGUAAA